AUGGCCGUCAAAUCCCCCCUCCUGGCAUGGGCAGUGACGCUCUUUUGCGACCAUGUGAGAGCAGCCCCGGCUUCUCUGGUACCGCCUCAUUAUUCCGGAGAAGCUCAGAGACUGGCGGAUCCCACAUACGGCCCCAUUCCAGGCCAGUCAGAUCUUUACAAUUAUUACUGGGGCACCGAUAGACCCUUCCCAGGCAACAUUUCGGAUCCAAUCUUCCCAACCCAGAAAGGGCCCCCUGGUGUUGAUGACUGGGUUUGGCAGAACCUCUUGUCGGCCGAAUGGCUAAUCUUUGAGUUUUAUCAGCAAGGCAUUGAGGCCUUCACCCCACAAGAUUUCGUCAAGGCGGGGAUGCCCAACACCACGUAUAGGCGCCUGAUGGAGAUCCGCAAUAACGAGGCCGGCCAUCUGCGCAUCUUCCAGAACCAAAUCUCGCCGACCUCCAUCAAGCCCGGUCGUUGCCAAUAUCGGUUCCCCUUUACUGAGCCCGUUGGGUAUAUGGCGCUGAUGACGGUACUUGAGAUUUCCAGCAUGGCCUUCCUUACAGGUCUGGUGCAGCUUCCCAAGCUCGACUUCAACAAAGGAGCCAUGUUGGCCAUCGCCGAGGUUGAGACCCGCCACGAGGUGUGGGCGCUGCUGGACAUUUGGAAGGCAGAUCCAUUCGGCGGUCCAUCCGACACCAUCUUCCCUUUCGCCGGUGAAAUUCUGGACUCCACCAAUGCAUUCAUUGUCCCUGGAAGCUGUCCGCGUGAGAACCCGGAAUUUCCCCACAACCGACAACGGCUGCCGGCCCUUUCGGCUGGGAAGGACACUGUGAGCCUGACGCCAGGCUCGAGGAUCAGUCUGCACUUUGACGACCCACGUAACCAGCCCUACUUCAACAAGCGCAUCCAGUAUUAUGCCGUGUUCUUUCAUGCAACGGCCAGUAUCAGUGUUCCCAUUAACACGCGUCACUGGCCCCGCGAGGAGAUCUGGGUGACUAUCCCUCGCAACUUUGAGACCAAGGGGGUCAUCGUUGCGUGCGUUGCGGAUCGACAGGGGGCGCCCACAAAGGAGUCGGUCAUUGCUGGUCCAGCUGUCAUCUUGGAACAGCCUGCAACCCUUGCAACGGCUCUCUUGCGUGGCAAGUCGGGUUGA